CCCGCCGAAUGGCAUUUUUGAAAAUAAUUUUAUGCUCUCUCUCUUUCAAUUUUCUUCUCUAAAUCCUAAAACUGCCCCUUUUUUUCUCAUCCCCGCCAUUUUCAGUUCCUCUCCACUGUCGUCUCCCUCUAUUUCCCCAUAGCCGUCUCUCUUCCGUUCAUCUAUACCUAUCUCUCCCUCCUUCUCUCCUGCGAUCUCCGGUCUUUCGCCGUUCAACUUCUCUUCUGUGGCUUCUUCUUCGUCUGCCGCUUCUUCUGCAAAACCCUAGCAUCUCCAUACCCUUAGGUUGAAACAGGGUAAGUCUUAAAUCUCACGCAAAAUGAGGAUUAUGAUAAAAGGUGGUGUGUGGAAGAACACGGAAGAUGAGAUCCUUAAAGCUGCGGUUAUGAAAUAUGGCAAAAACCAGUGGGCUCGAAUUUCCUCGCUUCUUGUUAGGAAAUCUGCUAAGCAGUGCAAGGCUCGAUGGUAUGAGUGGCUUGACCCCUCCAUUAAAAAGACUGAGUGGACAAGAGAGGAGGAUGAGAAACUACUCCAUCUUGCUAAGCUAAUGCCAACCCAGUGGAGAACUAUUGCACCAAUUGUUGGACGUACUCCAUCCCAGUGUCUCGAGCGGUAUGAGAAGCUUCUUGAUGCUGCUUGUGUUAAGGAUGACAAUUACGAACCAGGAGAUGAUCCAAGAAAAUUGCGCCCUGGAGAAAUUGAUCCAAACCCAGAGUCAAAGCCUGCACGUCCCGAUCCUGUUGACAUGGACGAAGAUGAAAAGGAAAUGCUUUCUGAAGCACGAGCAAGGUUAGCAAAUACUAGGGGAAAGAAGGCAAAAAGGAAAGCCCGAGAGAAACAACUUGAAGAGGCCAGAAGGCUUGCUUCGCUGCAAAAAAGAAGAGAGCUAAAAGCUGCAGGGAUUGAUACUCGACAAAGGAAGAGAAAGAGAAAAGGAAUAGAUUACAAUGCUGAAAUUCCUUUUGAGAAAAAACCUCCUCCAGGAUUUUUUGAUGUUAGUGAGGAAGAUAGACCAGUGGAGCAGCCCAAGUUUCCAACAACGAUUGAAGAACUUGAAGGAAAAAGAAGGAUCGAUGUAGAAGCCCAAUUAAGAAAGCAAGAUAUUGCAAAGAAUAAAAUUGCUCAGAGACAAGAUGCUCCAUCAGCUGUGCUGCAAGCAAAUAAGCUGAAUGACCCAGAAAUGGUGCGGAAAAGAUCUAAACUUAUGCUGCCUGCACCUCAAAUUUCAGAUCAUGAAUUGGAGGAAAUUGCAAAGAUGGGAUAUGCAAGUGAUCUUCUAGCUGGUAAUGAAGAGCUUGCAGGGGGAAGUGGUGCUACACGAGCUUUGCUUGCAAAUUAUGCACAGACACCACGGCAAGGAAUGACACCUUUUCGAACUCCCCAGAGGACGCCGGCUGGGAAGGGCGAUGCCAUAAUGAUGGAGGCAGAAAACCUUGCUAGGCUGAGAGAAUCUCAGACUCCAUUGUUGGGAGGAGAGAAUCCAGAGCUGCAUCCUUCAGAUUUUUCAGGAGUCACCCCAAGGAAAAAGGAGAUUCAAACACCAAAUCCUAUGUUAACACCAUCAGCAACUCCUGGUGGUGUUGGUCUCACUCCUCGGAGUGGCAUGACACCAGCUAGGGAUGCUUACUCAUUUGGCAUGACUCCAAAAGGUACACCUAUUAGAGAUGAGUUACGUAUCAAUGAAGAUAUGGAUGCAGAUGAUAGUGCAAAACUGGAGUCUCAAAGACAAGCUGAUUUGAGAAGGAAUCUUAGCCUAGGAUUAGGAAAUCUUCCACAGCCUAAGAAUGAGUACCAGGUAGUUAUGCAACCAAUUCCAGAAGACAAAGAAGAACCUGAGGAGAUGAUUGAAGAGGACAUGUCUGAUAGGAUUGCUAGAGAACGAGCUGAGGAAGAAGCAAGGCAGCAGGCUUUACUUAGGAAAAGAUCAAAAGUGCUACAGAGAGAGCUUCCUCGGCCUCCUACUGCUUCUUUGGAACUUAUUAGAAAUUCUUUGAUGAGAGCUGAUGGAGAUAAGAGUUCAUUUGUUCCACCUACCCCUAUUGAGCAAGCUGAUGAAAUGAUGAGAAAGGAACUUCUUGCUUUGUUAGAGCAUGAUAACGCAAAGUAUCCAAUUGAUGAAAAGGUCAACAAGGAGAAAAAGAAGGGUUCCAAGCGCACUGGAAAUGGACCAACUGCUGUCAUCCCCACAAUAGAUGACUUUGAAGAAACUGAGAUGGAGGAGGCCGAUUAUUUGAUAAAGGAAGAGGCUCGGUAUCUGUGUGCUGCAAUGGGGCAUGAAAAUGAAUCCUUAGAUGAGUUUGUGGAAGCGCACAGAACCUGCUUGAAUGAUCUUAUGUACUUCCCCACUAGAAAUGCUUAUGGACUUUCGAGUGUUGCUGGAUAUCAUGAGAAAUUAGCCGCCUUGCAGGAUGAAUUUGAGUAUGUUAAAAAGAAAAUGGAUGAUGAUACUGAGAAGGCUGUCCGGUUGGAGAAGAAAGUUAAAGUUCUCACACAUGGCUAUGAGACACGGGCAAAACAAAGCCUUUGGCCACAAAUUGAAGCAACUUUCAAGCAGAUAGACACUGCAGCUACAGAGCUGGAGUGCUUUGAAGCUCUUCAAAAGCAAGAGCUAUCAGCUGCUUCACACCGGAUUAGUGGUAUCUGGGAGGAGGUUCAAAAACAAAAAGAGCUGGAGAGAACACUUCAGUUACGUUAUGGAAACCUUUUGGAGGACUUGGAAAAGAUGGAGAAAAUCAUGGUUGAUCGCAAGGCACAGGCACAAAAGGAAGAAGAGAUCGCUGCAGAGAGUCACGCUCUUCAGUUGGCUGAGGUUGAGCCUAACCAAAACGUUGGAGAAAAUGCUGAUAGUUCCGAAGCCAUGUCUGCAUCAGUAGCGGCAGUUGAUCGUGAAAAUUCAGUGCCUGUUCCCACCUCCAUUGAAUUAAUGGGUGAACAACUAAACUCAUCUGUGGGACAUGAAAACAAAACUAACAAGGCCAUGGAUAUCCACACUGAAAAGGAAAGUGUAGCAGUGGAUUUGGAUAUUGGUUUGUCUGAUAACAAACUACCUUCUGCAGCGGGAGAUGCAUCACUGCCUGACAAUGGCUUUGAAGAGUCUGAUAAAAGUCAAACCAUUGAUGUUCCUUCUCAAGAACUCUUGGGCCCUGAUGCAAAUGGCAUGUCAGAUUCGGUUGAUGGUGCAACUAUUGAAAAUGAUAAAUGUAGUACUGAUAUUGUCGAGGAAGUAAAAGAUGUCGAAACUCAGCAGCCUGUGAUUGAAACUGAAAAUAACUCAGAUAUGCAUUCGAUUGAUCUGGAUGCAGCUGCACCUGCAUCUUCUUAUGAGGAUGGCCCUGUGAAUGAUGGCAACACAGGAGAAAUGGAAUCAAAUGUCUAGACGAUGUAGAGAUGAUUCGGGUUCUGCGGCUUGUUUUUCGGGUGGGAUAAGAGAGGGAGAAUUGUUGAUUCCAUGAAAUAGCCUUAUAGAUAUAGUGUAAACAGAGAAGGUGGGUUUAGAGACCUCCAGAGGGGUUAGAAUUUGAAUCCGAAUUAGAAGGCUGCUUCUUACAAGUUUAUCCCUUAAGGAAGAGAAGAUGUGCUGAAACAACCCCUUAAGGAUGAUGCACAAGAUUUGUAUUGCUUUCUUUUUGUAGGAUUUUUUUAAGAAAUAUUUUCUUAAAGCUUCAUAUGCUCGUAUUGAUGAAAUUAUACUGUUUAGUUUCUAUCA